UUUACGUACGCAUACAAAGCGAACGGAUGACACGCUCGCGCAUUGUCUAUUUGGUAGAGCAGCAAACUUCAAGUCAGUGCACUCCGUUCAUAAAGCGAUUUCUAUACAGACAAUUUUACGUGUGUGGACAUAUAUAUAUGUACAGUUGCUCGUCUCGUCUGUAUACAAAGAACGAGAUUAUACGGUUGAAAAUGUUACUUCCUUGAUUAGGUGACAGUGCUUUUUUCCUAGACCGUAUCCCAAGCCCGUCUGCUUCAGGAUUUCACGUGGUGUACGACGUUUCACUGAGAAUAAUGCCAGGGUGAGGCACAUGAAAUCUGUUUACGUAGACGUGUGACGUGUGACACGUCUGUCAAUUUAAAGAGAUCUAGCGCUUCAAAGAUAAGAUAUCACCUGUACUUCGCACGCAAUUGAUCUACCUUUAAUUUCCGUCACCGAACACGUGCUACGAUGGCAAUCGGUGUAAAUGAAAUCCUUCGUUGACACGUAUACCUUCCACUUGUUUCACCGUGAAUCAACAUUUAAACAUGUGCUAUCGAUAAUCUUGUUAAUUAAUCGGUAUUAACAGAUAAGUAAAUACAAUUAGUAUUAAGAAAUGUAACAAUAAUCUUUGUUCUAUCUUUGUUGACACUAUGAAAGAAGUAUUUCAUACUUACACGUUAACCUGGUAUGUCACACUACGACAGAAAUACCAAUGCACAAAGGCCUGUGGUGAUUGAUUAUGAACGCCAGUUCCAAGAAGAUCUGGAGCGUGCUCAAGCACUGAGCCUGGAGAGCCUUGCUUUAGAAAAAUUUAAAUUGCAAAAGCAACGUUCUGAGUGUAAUAAUAGUCAACAGCAAUGUGCACCACAGAGUGAGAUAAGUAAAGGAAAUAAUACUGUACAUAGUAGUUCAUCAGAAAAGGACAACACAUCGCAAACUGAAAAAUUUCAGUGUAGAAGUAGACCGAGGCCUGGUUGUUUCAAUACCAGUCAAUCUAACAAUGCUGUGAUAUUAGCUCCACCACCAGUUCCAUCUAGAAGAAAUUCGACAACGGCUGCGACGAGCCAAGAGCAUACUGUCGAUCUGAUUAAUUUUACAGUUCCAGUGAAGCAGGAUAAUCUAAGCGAUUACUGUUCACCUCCACCUCCACCUCCGAAAUCAUGUGUAGAACCGAAAUGGGAGACCCACCCGUCAUUAUUGAGGAAGCAGGGAAAAAUAUCGAGGAGCAGCAGUUCUGCGAGUUACCACUCUAAAGAUUUCCGGUAUCAAUCCCUUUCUCCAGGCCCCAGGUCUUCCACUGCACCAUGCACGCCAGGAACUCCGAAAAUUAGUCCUGUCAUGUCAAGAUCCAGUAGUAUUAGCAGCAAUGUACCUGAUGCAACACCACAAAUACCUCCGUUACCUAUGAAUUACAGACCGAGUAUUACCCCCGCACGUGGUGUUCAGAAACCUACAUUUUCUACGGAUGACGAGCAGCUAAACGUAUUAAAAGUGAUAGAAAAGAAGCCAAAUAAUAAUCUUAUAGACUUGAGUUCGUUCGACAAAGUAGAAGAUAAAACGAACGUUCGUGUUAGUGUACUAGAAGCGUUCGAUCCUUUACUCGUUAAGACUGAAGAUCAGAACGACAGUGUACAAGUGCAGAAAGAUGAGAUGCAAUCGCAAGUGAGUGGAUCAAUGUACGAUCCGUUCGAUCCCUUUGAUUACAUGUAUAGCACAAACGAAAGCGUUAAUUCGGAUCCCGUCUACGUUGCUGUUGAGAAGUCCGCCAAAUCUCCAGCCGUGUCCCCAGCGGCUCCACCGCCUUUACCUCCUAGAAAUUCGUCAGCAUGGAAUACCAUUGAGCGAAGAAGAACUUCUCUAGAUAGAAGAAAACGUCAGGCGCGCUUGUAUGAAAAUUUGACGGUACGGAAGACCAGUCCGUCGCUUCAGGAUUGCGAUCUUAGAUCUUUUCACGAAAUGAUGAAGUCCGUACGAAGCGAAUUUCCAUUUAAUGAUCCGAGUACAAACCUUGGCCACGUGAUCAGCCCGAUGAUGGAGAACUUGUAUCCUGAAGGUACAAGUAUUAAGUUAGUUGUACAUCCACAGUUAAUGGGUUCCGAUGAAAGUACUCCGUCCAUUUCAUUUACGUGCGAUGUAAACUGUAGUGUCGAGCAUGUUAUUCUUAAUGUUGCUUGUUCGUUAGAAGACGAAGGUACAGUGAACAUAGAAAAAUAUUGUUUGAGAGUAUGGGGACUAGCAGAGUAUCUAGCAUCGAACACGACAUUAGCUCAAUACGAAUAUAUACACCAAUGUAUCAAAUUAGAAAAAGAUAUCGAGCUAGCUAUUCUAACUAAAGUGCAGAUAAAACGAUCCAUAGCGAGAACACUUCAAGAUGACAAUCGUGACGAGUGUCUCAAGUUAGAAGAUAUUCUUCCGAACGAACCAGUACAACCUAUUUCAUACGAUACGCUUCUUAUUUUAUUAGAGACUGUGGAGAAGGAAAUGGAGCGUGUAGAAACCGCUGCGAUACAAUUAGCGACUACCAAUCACGGUUCCAGUCUUUUACCCCAGCUGCAACCCCGCGGUGUCGUGCAAGCCGUGAAAGCGAUAUGCGCGUUAAUGGGGAACAUCGAGACGUUCGAAAUUACGGAGGCCGUCGAUAAUUUCGUAAAUGCAUGUUGUCAAUUUUUGCCUCAAGUUCAUACGACUAACAUCGAGUGCAAGAAACCGGAAAUAUUGCACGAGGACGGCGACUACUCCGUUGUCACAUUGAGGACAAAAUUCCCAGACGUCAUCGCGUCGCACUGUCGGAAGAUCCGCGAUGCUAUACAAGAUCUGGUCGAAACAUAUUGCCAUGCCUUCAGGGUUGACUUUGAAUUAAAUACCAGGGCCGAAUUUCUUGCAAAUUCACUGAUUUCGUCUGAAGUACUGGACACUAUUUUGGUUCGUGUUGGGGCAUUGCACAGAUUGCCAGGAUCCUGGAAGCAUGAUGAUUAUAUCGUUGCAGCUCAGAUAUUUCACGGAACGAGACCUGUUGGAAAUCCAGUUUUAUCUGAACCAAUGACAGUCAGCUCUAAUUUUUAUCCAAGAAUCUUAUUUAACUCCUGGAUGGAAUUCCGCGGGACAAGUGUGUGUCAAGUACCUAGGGAAGCUCGAUUAGUUCUAGUUUUGUACGGCCGCACGUUGCAACCUACCGAGCACGAGUCUAAUUCAUCGACUGAAAAUACUAUGCAAAAGGAGGAAUUAGGAUGGGGAGCUAUACAGUUCUUUGAUUAUGAAGGAGUUAUGAGUCAGGGAAGCUUCUUUUUAUCAUUGUGGCCUGCAAUCGCUGACAAAAGAUUAGGUCCGGCGCCAGCGGCAGGAAUCCAUCCUCACGGGGAUACACAUGCUAUUAUUGGAAUAGAAUUACCUGAUUACGGAGGGAGAGUAUUAUUCCCGACUGAAUUACGCGACUUCGAUGUAGAAUCUCUUGAUUUCAACUCUUUGGAUCAGAAUACGCAAGAAUUGUUGAUAGACAUCACUCAACAAAACACGUUCUCAAGACCUCUCAUCGAAGAACGGGAAAUUCUGUGGGAGAAACGUCAUUACCUGCACGAUAGACCCGAAGCUUUGCCUAAAGUUCUUUUAGCUGCUCACAGUUGGGAUUGGGCAUGUUUACCCGAUCUUCAUGCGUCGCUGAGAGUCUGGUGUCCCUUGCCACCGGUUCAAGCCUUACAAUUAUUAUUACCCUGUUUCCCAGAUAUGAAAGUUAGAGAAAUGGCAGUUGUAUGGAUUCGAGAGUUGAGUAACGACGAACUCGUAGAUUAUUUGCCACAGCUGUUACAAGCUCUGAAGCACGAAACGUACGAAACGUCUGCUCUCGCGAAAUUCUUAUUGGAACGAUCCUUGCUCUCUCCACGCGUAGCGCAUCACAUUUACUGGCUCUUAACUCAAGCCCUGCCGGGACAGAGUCCCCAAAAUUCCGCGGAAGCUAUGCCAGAGGAUGAUAAGAACAUCAGCUCGGCGCGUUACCACAGAAGAUUACAAUUAAUACUACGAGCGUUACUGGCUGUCAUUGGCGACGCGUUAAGGAACAGUUUCCUUACGCAGCAGUUGCUUGUUAAAAACUUGUACGAGAUAGCUGAGAACAUUAAACAAACGAAGGAAUCGCUGCGAAUGGACGCUCUUAAAGCCGGGUUACAGAACAUACACUGUCAAUUAAUGGAAGACGAAGGCACGUGCUUGCCGCUGUCGCCGAGCAAACAGGUGUUCGGUAUAAACGUGCAAAGCUGCUCUUAUUUUCCCUCGUUCACGCUUCCGCUGAAAAUCAAUUUUGUCAGUUGCGACGACGUGAUCUGUCCAGCGAUCUUCAAAGUCGGAGACGAUUUGCAGCAGGAUAUGCUAACUCUUCAAAUGGUCCGUAUUAUGGACAAACUUUGGCUGAAAGAAGGCCUCGACUUGAAGAUGGUGACAUUUGUCUGCGUGCCCACUGGCCACAAACGGGGCAUGAUCGAGAUGGUGACGAACGCGGAGACGUUAAGAAAGAUACAAGUCGAGUUCGGUCUGACUGGAUCCUUUAAGGAUCGACCGAUCGCUGAAUGGUUGGCAAAACACAAUCCCUCGGAAUUGGAAUAUGAACGGGCUGUUGAGAAUUUUACUGCGUCCUGCGCUGGCUACAGUGUCGCUACAUACAUUCUAGGAAUUUGCGAUAGACACAAUGACAAUAUCAUGCUGAAGACGUCGGGUCAUUUGUUCCACAUUGACUUUGGGAAAUUUUUGGGCGAUGCGCAAAUGUUCGGCAAUUUUAAAAGGGAUAGAACACCGUUCGUUUUAACAUCCGAUAUGGCUUAUGUUAUAAACGGCGGAGAUAAGCCGUCGGCGAAGUUCCAUCACUUCGUGGAUUUGUGUUGUCAAGCAUUCAACGUCGUACGAAAACAUGGAAAUUUAAUUCUUCACCUCUUCGGAUUGAUGACCUCGUCCGGUAUCCCUGGCGUCACCGUGGACGCGGUCAGUUACGUGCAAAAAGCUCUUCUCCCUGAGCAAACGAAUCCCGAGGCGGCCGCGACGUUCGCCCGAAUGAUAGAAAGUUCGUUGAAGAGUUGGUUCACCCAGUUCAAUUUCUUCUUGCACAAUUUGGCGCAGCUCCGUUUUUCGGGCGACCACAACGACGGAGAAUUAUUAUCUUUUAUACCGCGCACAUACACGAUGCAGCAAGAAGGUCAAUUGACGAGCGUGCAAGUACACGGAUAUCAAAAGCGAUACGAUCCUGAAAAAUAUUACAUGUACAUUCUGCGCAUACAGCGAAAAGGACACGCGGAUCCGACUUACCUGUUCAGAUCGUACAAAGAGUUUUGCGAAUUCUAUCAGAAACUGUGCAUUCACUUCCCCCUCGCGAAACUUGCUAGUUUGCCAAGCGGUAUAAGCGUUGGAAGAUCUAACAUAAAACAGGUUGCUGAUAAACGGCGAGCGGACAUCGAGAAAUUCCUUGUCAGCUUGUUUAAAAUGGCACCGGAAAUUUCUCAGAGCGAUUUAGUGUACACUUUCUUCCAUCCCUUAUUGAGGGAUCAACAAAACGCUGACAUACAUCUACGGAAAGUAAAAGUUGGCAAUUGGUGGGUCGAGAAACCGGUAAGAGAGAACACACAAAGCGGGCAGAUUAAAAUGUCUCUUCAUUACACGCGCGGUACAUUUUACGUGAUGAUCCAUCACGCGAGAGGCUUGCCCAAAGUGGCUAACGGCCAGGAGCCGAACACGUACGUCAAGGUUUAUCUUAAACCUGAUCCAACAAAGAAGACAAAGCGGAAAACGAAAGUGGUAAAGAAGAAUUGUCAUCCCUCCUUCAUGGAAAUGCUGGAAUAUAGAAUGGCUUUGGACGUUAUCAAGGAGCGAACUUUGGAAGCCACAAUAUGGAACCAUGAUACUCUACAAGAAAACGAAUUUCUCGGUGGGAUUCGCUUACCGUUGGGACGAUUUGAUCUGACGACCGAAACGAUUGAAUGGUUCUCACUUGGCAGUGUUCGAUGAACCAGCAAUAAUAAGAUCUAUCGAUAAUGCUCAUGAAAUUAAAGUACGAAUUAACUUGGUUCGCACAAUACUAAUUAUAGGGUUUUUAUAUUACGCACGCGAUAGUGCAAUAAGGAAUAAUAGAGCGUUCGCGCGUCACUGUCAAGGAAAAUGACACAUGGUAUUGCGUUUAACGGAGACGCUUUUUCAUAGGAUUACUAACUAAUAUGAUAACGCAUAAACAGAAAGGGCAUGUUUCAUAAAAUUAUUCUGCUUUUACAAGAACAGUUGGAUAGGAGGUUUCCACUUAGCCGAGUCCUUAAUCGUAAUAGAACUGGCAAUACGAUUCAGAUUUUUAUAAACACACGCUGAAAACACAUAGAAAUUUGAUUUAAAACAUUGAAUCUGAAUUUCAAUGAAAUUUGUUUGAUAAUUGAAAAGUUAUCGGGCAUCCUGAAUCUGUUUGCAGAAUUUCGCAUGAAAAAAAUUGUUCUAUUUCUAGGAAGAAUUACUUUUAUCGUAAUAUUAAUAGUUACAAAUUAAAGAUUUGUCACGCUACAUUUUUGUAGCCGAUCGAAUGCAAGGUUUCCUAAAUAAUUAUGCUAUUAAACGAUACUAUGGAGUUUUAUAGAUAUAUAAAUUUUACGUGGAUAUAAGUUAUUCGCCUAAGUAUAUUGAACGAAGAAACAUUUUGUACUUUCAUAUGAAGAGAAUUUGAGAAUUAUAUAUAAAAGAAUAAUCAAAAUAUAUCUAUCUAUAUACAAAGGAACGCGAAUGUAAGAGGAAAUUUUAGACAUUUUUUUCGUAUCGCUCGAAGAAGAGGAAUGAGAUUAUGUAAAUAUGCUUUAGAAUUCGAAAGUGCAUCGUCGUAAUCAUUUUACAUACUUCGUGAAUGCAGCAUAUCAUUUUCUUAAGUGAACAGUAUAAAAAUCAUGACAGAAAUGAAGGUUCUUGUUAAGGAUGUAUUGGCUAUACAGUCAAUCCCAAAAGUUUAUGCACUUUAGAAAUGCAUUUUUUAAAAGGAAAU